AUGUUUUUCGUUCGCGCUGUGACUCUGUUGCUCGCUUUUUGUGCGAUGCAGGCAGAAGCCGGCAAGCGUCUUCAAGCCCGAAUUCUUGUACAGAAUCAUGAUUCAUCAGAACCGGAAGGAUUCAUCGUCGAAGCUUACGAAGACUGGGCCCCUCACGGGUACAAACGCUUCAAGGAGUUGCUUUCUGAUCACUACUUCGAUGGAGCUCGUUUCUUCAGAGUUAUCCAGGAAUUUGUUGCACAGUGGGGACUGCCGGCUGACCCCGCCGAUGUGGACAAGUUUGGAGCCAUCCCAGAUGACAAGGUUAUUGGGCACAAUGACAAGGGCACUAUAUCGUUCGCUGCGACUGCCAUGAAGAACUCACGAACCACGCAGUUAUUUAUCAACCUGAAUGACAACGGCUUCCUAGAUGGGAUGGGGUUCUCGCCAGUGGCGAAGGUUGUUGAAGGCAUGGAUGUGGUAGAGCGUAUCAAUUCCGAGUACGGCGACCACCCCAAUCAAGGGUACGUUCGUGUCCAAGGCGAGUCAUAUCUCGCUAAGGAGUACCCGAACUUGAGCAAAAUCGUGAAGACGGAGAUUCUGAGGGAGGACGAGGAAGAGAAUUGGGGAUUGCCUGCUGACCCAUCCAGACGAGGGAAGUUUGCCCCCAUAGACGAUGACCCGGUCGUAGAGUCCAACAAGAGAGGGUCGAUUUCCUUCGCUUCUUCGGGACCUAACUCCAGGACGACUCAGAUGUUCAUCAAUCUGGCUGAUAAUACGUUCUUGAAUUCUAUGGGCUUCUCACCUGUCGCUAAGGUGAUUGAUGGGAUGACGAUUGUUGACCAAAUUAACAAGGAAUAUGGGGAGAAACCGGAUCAAGGUGAAAUCCAUAGCAAGGGAGAGGAGUACCUGCAGAAAAAUUUUCCGAGGUUGACUAAGAUUCGCAAGACCGAGAUAGUUGGGGAAUUUGAUGAUAAUGAAGAGCUCGUGCCUCGUCCACCGACCAAGGCAAGUGAGGAGGAGGCUACUGUGAGUAUCCCGGAGAAGCACAUAGAGUUCCUGUCCGUACCGGACAACUUAUAUAACGAGGCACCAGUUACUAAGAAUUUGGGCAAGUGGAUCGGAGUGCUUUUGAUAGCAGCAUUUGUAGUGGUCCUUCUCGUGAAGGCCCAGGGUUUCGUCCGGAGAGGAACACCGGCGGUCGAGAGAGCGGAAUGA